AUGCGACCGGUGAGACAGGAUGGAGAAGCUGCCGAAGAAGAGAGGGUCUUGCCCACAGAGUUACCGCGAAGCCUAGCCAUUCGUCUGUACACAUCACAUUUUCUCUCGACGUGGAAUUCGAGACUCUUUGAGUUUGGCGCUGUUCUAUUCCUGGCCUCGAUCUUCCCAGACACCUUGUUGCCGAUGUCGGUCUAUGCACUGGUUAGGAGCGCCUCAGCCAUCCUCUUCGCUCAGUCGAUAGGCUCCUGGAUCGAUCGGGGCGACCGGCUGAAAGUGGUGAGGUUUUCCAUCAUUGGCCAGCGCCUCGCCGUCGCCGCCAGCUGUGCCAUCCUGUGGAAUAUGGAGCGAAAAGUUGGGCUGUCCAAUACAAGAAUCACCGACGGUCAGUUCGCAUUGGUGGUUUUGCUCGCAUGUGUGGAAAAGCUGUGCUCUGUCAUGAAUCUCGUCUCAGUAGAGCGGGAUUGGGUCGUCGUUAUCACGGAGGGCAACGAGUCUCUACGCCGGACACUCAAUGCUCGGAUGCGACGUAUUGAUCUGCUUUGUAAACUUUUGGGCCCCUUGGCAAUAUCGAAUAUCGCGAUUGCAUCGACACUGAUUGCCAUCUGGGCCACCUUGGGCAUGAACAUGUUGUCGGUCUUGAUAGAAUAUAUAUGCAUCGCUCAAGUCUACGAACGAAUCCCUGCCCUCAAGCGAACUCCCACCGCGGUGACGACCGUUGCCACAGAUGACGCAGAGGGCAACCGUAAUACCCACGCCGUGCAAGCUUGGCUGAAGUCUAUGAAGACCAACUUGCUUCCGAUUGACUCUCUGCCAUUCUAUUUCCACCAAAGGGCAUUCCUGCCAUCCUUCUCCUUGUCCCUUCUGUACUUGACAGUGUUGUCCUUCUCAGGACAGAUGAUAACAUACCUGCUGUCAAUAGGGUAUACCUCUGUACACGUGGGUAUCGCCAGGACUGUCAGCACCAUAUUCGAAUUGAGCGCAACCUGGAUCGCGCCGCGGAUGAUGAAACGCAUUGGCCCUGUGCGUGGCGGUAUAUGGAGCUUGUCAUGGCAGAUGAUAUGGCUUGCAGGGGCGAUUACUUGGCUCUUUUCCGACUUCCAUGAUGCUGGGACCAAUAGCAUCACUGCUGGGACCGGGCUAGCGGUUGCCGUGGCUUUGAGUCGGGUUGGUCUUUGGGGAUAUGAUUUGUGCGCCCAGACUAUCGUCCAAGAUGAAGUCGAAGCCGACCAUCGAGGCGCGUUUUCGACUGUCGAGGCCGCAUUUCAGAACCUGUUUGAACUGUUUUCCUAUGUUACGACUAUUAUAUUCUCGCGACCGGACCAGUUUCGGUGGCCUGUAGUAAUCAGCGGCGUAGCAGUUUAUAUUGCCGGCGGAAUGUAUGCCUACUUCGUGCGUAGAAGGAGAGGCCACCUACUGCACACACCUACAUGUAUAUGCGAGAAGUCGUAA